AUGAGGUUGUUAAAGGUCGAAGCCCACGAAGUUAUUGGCCGUCUCACCGAUGCCUCCUCUCCCUUGUCUCUGGUGGUGAGGGUGAUAGAAUCUUCUGAGUUCUGGUCCAUUGGUUGGUCUCAGUGGUUCGGGAUGGUGGUGAAAGGAGGGUCGGUGAUGGUAGUUGUCAGGGAUGUCACGACAAGGUUUGUGACAGCCGUCAAGGACAUAUCUCUAGCCCAUACGUCAUCCAGCGUGACUGUAACCAACCCCUUAGGAGACUUACUGAGGGCCUUUGCUAUGGCCGCUUCGGGCGACCACCAUAUAGCCUCCUGUGUGGUCUGA